CUUCGGAGGCUCUGCACUCAGGUGUUGUUGCUUGAGUCUUCAAUCAUCCCGCUACGAGGGAGUACUGAUGCUGUGUUUUAACACAUUUUAAAUAAUCUACGUUUGUAAUGUCUGUGUUGUGCUUUGUGUAAUUGUGGAAAUGGGAGUCCCAGCGUUUUUUCGCUGGCUGAGUCGCAAGUAUGCGUCUAUUGUUGUGCAUUGCUUAGAGGAGAAGGCAAAAGAAUGUAACGGAGUUGGUGUACCUGUUGAUACUAGUAAACCUAAUCCAAAUGAAGUUGAAUUUGACAGCUUGUACCUGGACAUGAAUGGCAUCAUUCACCCGUGUACACACCCAGAGGACAAAGCUGCCCCUAAGAAUGAGGAUGAAAUGAUGGUGGCAGUUUUUGAGUACAUUGACCGCUUGUAUAACAUUGUUCGCCCGCGAAAGCUCCAUUACAUGGCUGUAGAUGGAGUUGUAAGUAUGAAUUCAUUUGGACCAACAGACAAACCAGCAUUUUUGGCUACGGGACAGUUUGCACCACAGGCACUAGGUAGAGGUGGUGCACAGCCUGUUGGUAACCCAAGACACGCAGCAUUUAAUAUGAGAAUGAAUGGACGAGAUCAGCAGAAUAUGACUCCCUCAGGAUCCCGGGACGAUGGCAGCCCCUCUCCCUCGGGGGGUGUGAAGAGGAAGGCGCAGGACAGUGACAGUGAACCUGAACCGGAGGAUAACAUCAGAUAUUACUACCAGGGCUGUGCUUCAUGGAAGUGGUUUUUCUCUUUCCAUUAUGCUCCUUUUGCCUCUGACUUUAAAGAUAUUAAGGGCAUGUUCACAGAAUUUGAGCUGGGCACAAAACCGUUUAAACCUUUGGAACAGUUAAUGAGUGUAUUUCCAGCUGCCAGUGGGAACUUCUUGCCUGUUUCGUGGCAGGCGCUUGUGACAGAGCCUAACUCCUCUAUUAUUGACUUCUACCCUGAUGACUUUGCUAUUGACUUAAAUGGAAAGAAAUAUGCCUGGCAAGGUGUUGCUCUGUUGUCAUUUGUUGAUGAGCGUCGCCUGAGGGCUGCUUUGGAAGAGGUGUACCCCGACCUCUGUCCUGGUGAAAUCAAAAGGAACAGUCUCGGAAGCGAUAUAUUGUUUGUUGGAAAACGCCAUCCACUGCGUGACUUCAUGAGGGAGUUGUACAGGGCUAAUACCACAGAGAGUGUAGACAUACCUCCUGAACUGUGUCAUGGCAUCAAGGGUGCUCUUGAUUUGGAUGAAUCCGCAAUUCUACCAGAGAACAUAAAAUUCAAGGACCCACAAUUCCAAAAGGGGUUUGUUUUCAAAGCCGUUCUUCUUCUUGGAGCAAAACUGCCUCCAAAGGUGCUGAAACCUGGUGACUGGGAGAGGUCCAGCAGGGCUUCAAUCCACACAGGCAGCAGGUCCACUUGGAUCAGUCAGCGUUUCGGGCAUUGGGCCACAGUAUGUCCAGAGACAGACAAAGAGACGGUGUCUACAGCAGUGCUCCACCACCUGGAGCGUAUAACCAAGGAAGGGGGGGGCAGCUACCACCCUCUCUGCCAUAUUCAAGACGGCAGCAGAGCUUUUUUGCAUGGCCCUUCUCCUGGAUAUAAUCAACAAUAUCCCAGAUGGAGCAUAUCUUUAUCAAGGAUUGGUCCAACUUUGACCCUGGGAGACCAUUCGCUAACGACGAAAGCUUCGCAUUCAGCCCAUUGCAGUUUGAAAUGAAAUUAUGGUAGAGAGUCUUCAUCGGGUUGGAAGCAGGUGAUGCAGUCACAGGGUUCUGUCGUCCAGCAAAACCAGCGAGGAGGAGGAGGAGGAGGAGGCAGUUACCAUUAACGCUAUGAAGAUGG